GGCGAAAGGCCGUACCUGUGCAACACCUGUGACAAAACCUUUACUACAUUAUCAAAUCUUAAACGGCACAUAACCACGCACACAGGCGAGAAGCCUUACAUUUGCAAAACAUGUGGAAACAGUUACACAGAACGUUCCAGCUUGGUGGCUCACUCAAGGACCCACACUGGCAAUAAGCUGAACAUGUGCAACACCUGCAACAAAACCUUUACUAAAUUAUCAGAUCUUAAACGCCACAUAACCAUGCACACGGGCGAGAAGCCCUACAUCUGCAAAACAUGUGGAAAAAGUUACAGGCUACGUUCCACCCUGGUGGUUCACUCGAGGACCCACACUGGCGAAAGGCCGUACCUGUGCAACACUUGCAGCAAAACCUUUACUAAAUCAACACAUCUUAAAAGCCACAUAACCAUGCACACGGGCGAGAAGCCCUACAUUUGCAAAACAUGUGGAAAAAGUUACAGAGAACAUUCUACCCUGGUGGUUCACUCGAGGAUCCACACUGGCGAAAGGCCGUACCUGUGCAACACUUGCAACAAAACCUUUACUAAAUUAUCAGAUCUUAAACGCCACAUAACCAUGCACACGGGCGAGAAGCCCUACAUCUGCAAAACAUGUGGAAAAAGUUACAGGCUACGUUCCACCCUGGUGGUUCACUCAAGGACCCACACUGGCAAUAAGCUGAACAUGUGCAACACCUGCAACAAAACCUUUACUAAAUUAUCAGAUCUUAAACGCCACAUAACCAUGCACACGGGCGAGAAGCCCUACAUUUGCAAAACAUGUGGAAAAAGUUACAGAGAACAUUCUACCCUGGUGGUUCACUCGAGGAUCCACACCGGUGAAAGG